UUUAGUUUAGUUCUACCUACCACCAGCUUCUGCUUUCGAUCCGACUUUCCGAAUCCCAACUCAAAUCACUCUUACUCACUUCAACUUUACACUCAGUCAAUCAUAACUACAGCUUUCAUCUCCGGCAACUAAAAUGACUUCCUUCACCGUUAAAAUGAUGGCCGGGUCUCCACCUCCGGUGACAGGAUCCAUCGGAUCUAGUGCCAAACACCCACCUGCUACUUCCAAACUUCCUCUUCAGGUAAAAAUCAAAGAACAACAAAAGUUAGAAACAUCUGAAAAGAAAUCAACUAACAUCUCCCGACGAGAUCUAGCAUUGUUUUUAACCGCUGCAUCAUUCAGCGCUGUCACUCUAUCAACACCCAAACCCGCUGCAGCCCGCAUCACUAAAGCUGAAAUGAAGAAGAUGAUAUUGGAAAAACUCAAGUUACUGAGAGAAAAGGUUGGGUUAUCAAAGCCAGAAGCAGAGGAAAAUGAAAAAGUUGAAUCACCAAUAGAAGAUAAAGAAGUUUCUCCUCCUGCCACAUCAGCUGCGGAGGAAAAAACCUCGGUUCCAUCAGCCCCGGAGGAAAAAACCCCGGUCCCAUCAGAACCGCCACUUCCCAGUAUACAUAAUGAUAAGAAAAUUGCAGUGGAAGCCGCGAUAUUUCCGUGAUGUUCGUCUCCAAAAGCUCUUGUUAUAUGCAAUUGUUUUAGUUUGAAUGUGUUAUUCAUGUACUCUAGUGCUGACUGGACUAGAGGGGAUUUGAACAUUAUUUGUAGCAUAAAAGCAACUACUAAAAAGUGGUUUUAUGCAGGCCAACUUUAAGUUGUUGAGGUUCUGGUGAAAAUUUGGUUUUCCUCUCAUAAUAUGCAUUACUUAAGGUA